UCUGGGGGUGGGUUUUGGGGUUGAGCCGCGGUCACAGUGCAGGUGACGAGAUGUUUUUGAAGGGCUAAACGGUCGCUUUGCGGACUUCCUGGUGUCAAGAUGUGUCGUCGUAACGUCGCGUGUUUAUUUUGACCGCGCUUCUGCGCGUUGUAUCCUUUCAGAACUUUUUAAAGGCAGGAUGAUGCAAUGCCCCUUCCUUCUCGUGUGUGUGUGUCAUUGAAUGAAGCUAAGCCUGGAUGUUUGCGCUGCAGGGUGGGUGGUUGCCAGGUGACGGCAGGGUGUUUGUUUUAUUUUUAGCCGGAAUCACUUCUGGCUCGAACAUACCAGAUUUCUGCACUCGCGUUCUUCCCGACGUCGCCCGCACGCUGAGAGGUGGGGGGGAUUCGUUUUCCACAAUGGCGGCAUGGACAACCGUCCCGCCCUGGCCGUGAAACCUAAAGCGGCUCCGGUGUAUUAAUAGAGAUUCUUCUCUCUCUCUCUCUCUCUCUCUCUCUCACUCACUCACUCACUCACUCACUCGCUCACUCACUCACUCACACGCAGACACACACAGUCCAAUGAAAACAGUUGUAGUCGCUCAUUUCGUGUAGCGGCUGCCUUUUUUGGGCACAUGCCCCCGCCAUGCAUGGAAGGUAAAACACUAAUGGCCCAUAAAAGUUUUUAUUUUGGACACCAUAUUUCUAAAUGUCGAGCAGUGAAAUUACGAGGAAGUGCCGCUAUCCAAUAUGUUCAAGUUGAUCAUUAUUGAUAUUUCUUUCUGAAUGAAUGAAUGAAUGCAUAGAACUUUUAAAUGCUGUACAGCUAGAUCUGGAUGAAAUAAUUUUAACAUCUCAGAUUAUUUUAGGUAAAUUUUGUUUGAGAGAAGAGAGGAGAGGAGAAGCAGCAGUAAAACAGGCCAAAAUCCACAUGUCAAGGUGUGAGGCAGGUCAAGAGACUAGUUCCAUAAACUAAUUGUGGUUUAACCAAAUCAGAGAGUGUAGGACUAAGUUUUAAGUCUGGAUUUAGACAUUUCUACAGAGGUAGCCCCUCUAAUUUCUGUGGGUAGGUCAUCCCAGAGUAAUGGAGUCUGAAUCGGGAAUGUUCUCGAACCUGCUCCUGGCUUCUCUCUAGCUCUCGGAACCACCAAAAGACCAUCGUUGAAGUCUGACGUCGACUUGAUCCGAUGCCCUAUUCCCACCCUGAUAUUUCCCCAACUCGCCAGGUAGAGUUCUGACCCACUGCUGACGCUCCGGCGUGACGCUGGGUUUCCUGGCCAACUUGGCUAAUAGCAUUAGCCAGCCCGCGUGGCUCUGUGUGUACUGGAAGAGGCUUUUACAGACAGCGCUGUAAUCCUCCACCUCCCCUCUUCCUCCUCGUUAGCGAUCCUUGUCUUUAUUGUCAGGAACUCUGUUAAGUCAUUAAAAGCACUCAAUCACUUACGAAGCGUUAUAGUCCUGCCAAAACAAAACAAAACAAGCAGAUGAUUUACGGAGGCCUCAUUUGAACGGAUACUUGGGUAAUGUUUCAAAUACUGGUGGUGGUGUAACGCGUCUUUGUUUUUGUACUGGAGUUUAGAUUUCUGCCUUCACUGUGGCAAACUGGCGUUAACGGUGGAGCCAGCCAGAACGUUGACAGACAAUUUUGAAACAACGGGGAUAACUUCCCACUGUGUUCGCGGCUUCCCGUAUCACUCCGAAGCGGGACGUUGACAUGCCUUCACACAGGCGUUGCGGCUUCACGCUUGUACAUAAUUAGAUGCGUGGUGAGUUUUAAGCUAGCGUGUGGGCCAGCGACAAUUGCUUUCAACACAAAGGGACGUGGGCAGUGAAUGACGGAUGGCAAAACUCAGGUCUGGUUGUGGCAGACGGCAUUCAAACUCCUGUUACUACAUAAUAAAAGCUGUAGGCAGCGAUGGGUGCUUUCCUGGACAAGCCGAAGACUGAGAAGCACAGCGCCCACGGCGACGGCAACGGCCUCCGCUACGGCCUGAGUUCCAUGCAGGGCUGGCGGGUGGAGAUGGAGGACGCCCACACGGCCGUGGUCGGCCUCCCCCACGGACUCAGCGACUGGUCUUUCUUCGCGGUUUACGACGGCCACGCCGGCUCCCGAGUGGCCAACUACUGCUCGGGCCAUUUGCUAGAGCACAUCCUGUCCGGCGGCGCCGAGUUCGGGUCGGGACCCGGCUCCGUGGAGGGCGUGAAGGACGGCAUCCGCGCCGGCUUCCUGAAAAUCGACGAGUACAUGCGUAGCUUCACCGACCUGCGGCAGGGCCUGGACCGCAGCGGCUCCACGGCGGUGUGCGUGCUCCUCAGCCCCAGCCACCUCUACUUCAUUAACUGCGGAGACUCCCGGGCCGUGCUGAGCCGAGACACCAAGGUGGGCUUCUCCACGCAGGACCACAAGCCCUGCAACCCCCGCGAGAAGGAGCGCAUCCAGAAGGCCGGCGGCUCGGUCAUGAUCCAGAGGGUAAACGGCUCUCUGGCCGUAUCCCGGGCCCUGGGGGACUACGACUACAAAUGCGUGGAUGGCAAAGGCCCCACGGAGCAGCUGGUGAGCCCCGAGCCCGAGGUGUGCGUGCUGGAGCGGGCCGCCGAAGGGGACGAGUUUGUGGUGCUGGCGUGCGACGGCAUCUGGGACGUCAUGUCCAACGAGGAGCUGUGCGAGUUUGUGCGCUCGCGACUUCUGGUGUGCGAGGACCUGGAGAAAGUGUGCAACUCGGUGGUGGACACCUGCCUGCACAAGGGGAGCAGAGACAACAUGAGCGUGGUCUUGGUGUGCUUACCUGGCGCUCCCAAAAUCUCCGAGGAUGCUGUAAAGAAAGAGGAGGAGUUAGACAAAUAUCUGGAGGCCCGCGUCGAGGAGCUCCUCGCCAACUGCGGCGAGGCCGGAGCGCCCGACCUGGUGUCUGUGCUGAGGAGCAUCGCCACUGAGAACAUCCCCAACCUUCCGCUGGGUGGAGGCCUGGCUAGCAAACGCAGCGUGAUCGAGGCGGUGUACAACAAGCUGAACCCUCACAAAGAAGAAGAAGAAGGAGCUUGUGCGGGGGGAGAGGAGGAGAGUGAGGAGGGAGAAGGCGGCGGCGGCGGCGGCCCGGCGGCUCACCUGCUGGAGGCGCUGCGCCAGUUCCGCCUGCACCACCGGGACCAGUAUCGCGCCGUCCUGGAGGACUCCCUGGCCGCCUACCAGCUGCGUCCCGAGGGAGCGGGCCAGCGCGGGACGACCGACGACGACGACCGGGAGCGAACCGCCUCCCCUCCCUCUCCCCCCUCGCCCCCGCCCUCACCCGCCGCCGCCGAGUCCGACGCUGGCCAGGACGCGCUCGCACCAAAGUCCGAUCCCGCCUUUUGACUCCCGUCUUGACCGCUCCUCAUCCUCUUCCUCCUCUUUUCCUCUGUCAUUUUUUUUGUUACGCUCAAUCAGUAGUUAAACAACAACGUCUGUCUGUCUGCUCAAGUUCUGCCGCUUGAGUUGCCACCUGGCGCCCAUGACAGCUUCCAGGUCUGCGCUUUCCCUCCUCCUCCCGUUCCCCCCUCCCUCGCUCGCUUGUCACCCAACCAGGCGGCCGUUUUGACACCCGACCGGCUAAAGCUAACCCUCAUAGACCUUUUCGCCAUGAUGUCACACGUACUUCCGGGUUGGCAAAAGCGCCGAUGGCACCAUCAGUAAACAGACCCUUCCGUGUUAUCUGACCACUGAGAAAAUAGCUUGAUGGUGUGAAUGAUGAUUUUUGCCCGCUUUUCUAUCACUGUGGUUUUAUUUACCAUUUGGCACAGCAAUCAAAAAUGAAAAUCACUUGGAAGGGAGGUGAAACGCUGCCAAUAAUUUACAUUGCAACAGGUAAGUUGAUUCAGAAAUGGAUGUGAUGAAAAUUCAGAUCAUUGAGGGACUGGCUAAUAAAAUAAGGACCAACGGCACGGACGGGCUCUUUUGACGCUGAAAUGUAUCGCGCGCUAUCGAGGUGACAUUAGCUAGAAGGCUAGCCAUUAUGUUUUGCUAAACUACCCAAAAGACACCCCAGGCAAACAAAAAAAAACAAAAAAACAUUUUUAUACAUACCUGUGAUAAAAUUCCUUCGAGGUUUGGUUUGGUUUGCAGCGGCUACUGCGCCGCCAGGCCGUCUUGCGAUCGUCUCUGUACAAGUAUUUACAACAGCCAUUGGAUUUAUCCUCCUCACCCACAGUUUCCAUUGGAUUCAUUCUACUUUUGUUUUCAGGGGAGACAAUUGAGGGGGAAAAAACCUGAAACCUUUUGGGAUAUAUUUGAUGGCGCAACGCCAAACAAAAGUUAAAUUGUAAUCGUUUGGAUUCAGGUUAGCAGUAGUCAUUCGCUUUUGUGCUGCCCAGAAGUACCCUGACGCUGAUUGUUAACAAACACUCUGAAAAGGUCUGUAAGCAAGAGUGGCUACUUAUGCAAAUAGAUCCUUGGCUUUAACAGUAUGGGACUUUGCUGACACCCUACCCCACCCUCUCCCGCACCUAACUCACAAUGGAAGGGGACAAGAACUGCCAUUCUGAACACACCCCAACAUUUUCUUUUCUCAGAAUACUCUUGUGCGCAUGUGUGUGUGUGUUGGUUUGCAAAGUUGUACCGUGUGUGUGUUGCUGAGCAGGCAACCAAUCAUUGCUGCUGAGAUUAUUCUUUUGUCAAAACGUUUUUUUAAAGUUUGUUUUAAACUGCAAACUGCCUGUGUGGGUGGGUUGGGGGUUGUCUACCCCCUGCCCCCUUCAUGUACAAAUGAGCGCCACCUUGAGGCUUCAGUGUUUAAAAACUCCAUCCGUGGGAAGGUUAACACAGCAAGGUUUUUUUUUUGUUGUUGUUGUUUUUUUUUUUUUUUUGGGUUAACUGCUAGCGUUAAUUUAAGUGAGGCACACACUGAUUCAGGUCACGCAUGUAUCCAAGGCACUUAAUGUGUGUGUUUGUAUGUGUGAGCGCGGUUACAUGGGGCCAAAUCAGUCUCACAAGGUAAACUAAUAAAAAAUGAUUUCAGGUA